AUGCUCGCAACGAUGCGACACGACCUUGACCUCAACGUCCCGAAAUCGCGCGCCGUCGACGGGAAAACGACAAGCUAUGCAGUCGACGUCAAUGGCGUUCAGUUUCUGGACGCCAAGGCCAAGUACCAAGAAGACAUCAAGGCGGUCCAAUUUCACAUCCGAGGCUCCAAGACCGACCAAGCUGGCCGCGGCGUACACUUGUAG